CUAUUUGCCAGUCCAUUUCAAAAAACAGGGAAUCCUACUCAUUAUAUAAAUCCGAAUUUCGAGUCUUGGAAUCUCAUCGAGAGUUAGUUUUUACUGUCAUAUACUUGAAAAGAUGAGUUCAAAUAAGUUUAUUUUCCUUGUCCUUGUUGGUGUUCUUGUUUGCACCGCAACUUCGAGGAAGCUUGCUGGCUCAGAGGGUUCUUUCAAGGAUGAAAAAAAUCUAGGUAUUGGCGGAGGUUUGGGUGGAGGAGCUGGAUUUGGUGGGGGUGCUGGUGUAGGUGGUGGGGCUGGAGCUGGAGCUGGUGGAGGUGGAGGUGCUGGAGGAGGAGGUUUUGGCGGUGGUGCAGGAGGUGGUGGCGGAUUGGGUGGAGGAGCUGGUGGUGGAUUAGGUGGAGGAGCUGGAGGCGGAGCUGGUGGGGGAUUAGGUGGUGGAGCUGGAGGAGGAGCUGGUGGUGGAUUAGGCGGUGGGGCUGGAGCUGGGGGAGGAGCUGGUGGUGGAUUAGGUGGUGGUGCUGGAGCUGGUGGAGGAGCUGGAGGUGGAGCUGUUGGUGGAUUAGGCGGUGGUGCUGGAGCUGGUGGUGGAUUGGGUGGAGGAGCUGGAGCUGGUGGAGGAGCUGGUGGUGGAUUAGGCGGUGGUGCUGGAGCUGGUGGAGGAGCUGGAGGCGGAGCUGGUGGUGGAUUGGGUGGAGGAGCUGGAGCUGGUGGUGGAUUCGGCGGUGGAGCUGGGGCUGGAGCUGGUGGAGGAUUAGGUGGUGGAGCUGGAGGCGGAGCAGGUGGUGGAUUGGGUGGAGGAGCUGGUGGUGGAUUCGGCGUUGGGGCUGGAGGCGGAUUAGGAGGUGGAUAUCCUGGGAAAAAGAAUUAUCAAAGAUCUUCACAAGUCGAAUUUGUAGCAGCGAUAUACUCUGCUUCUACUGAUGAUAAAGCAACGAAUUUCUGCUUUUUUGAACUCCAGGAAAUCACAUUUGAUCCUAGACAAAAGAUGUAUCCGGAAAAUCUCAAAAUUCUUUUUGCUGCUGCAAAAUGUAGUUUACUUGGUUCAUUCAUGAAUCUGGAUAAUAAGCUGACUGAAUAUGUAAUAUCUGGCCUUAUAUUUGCGGACCAAUGCAAACUCCUACUCUUAGAAAUAAGAGAUAUUUCAUUCUCUUUGUUGAUGAUUACAAAUUAUUCUAGAACUUUUAACAUCUGGGGUUGUGGUAGUGACGGAUUGGGUAGAGGGCCUAGUGCUGGAUUUGGUGGAGGACCAGUAGGUGGAUUAGGAGGACAUGGAGGCGGAUUGGGUGGAGGACCAGGAGGUGGAUUAGGAGGACCUAGUAGUGGAUAUGGUGAAGGACCUGGAGGUGGAUUUGGUGGAAGACCUGGUGGUGGAUGUGGUGGAGGGCCUGGUGGUGGAGUAAGAGGACCUCCAGGUGGCGGUUUUCAGGGAGGACCUCCUGGUGGCGGCUUUGGGGAAGGCCCUCCUGGUGGCGGCUCUGGUGGAAGACCUCCUGGUGGCGGCUUUGGGGAAGGCCCUCCUGGUGGCGGCUUUGGUGAAGGGCCUCCUGAUGGCGGCUUUGGAGGAGGACCUCCUGGUGGCAGUUCUAGUGGAGGACCUCCUGGUAGCGACUGUGGGGGAGGACAUCCUGGUGGUGGCUUUUGUGGAGGACCUGGAGGUAGAGAUGGUUGCUAGCCUGGUGUUCAAUUU